UUUCCACACCUUAAUCCUAAUCCAUCACUAUAAUCAUACUUCUUGUUGAUUCCUUCUUCACUGUGGUUAAGUUUUGGAAUCUGCUUAUUUAAUUCUGUUCUUCUGAGCUUAAUUAUGGCGCAAUUGCCGCCAAAAGUGCCAACAAUGGCGCAAAAUUGGCCGUCGUUUCCUUACCAGAUGAUAUCGAUGCCGUCUUCCGCCGCUCAGCCACCCAAUUGGGUGGAUGAAUUCCUUGAUUUCUCUUCAGCUAGGAGGAACUCACACAGGAGAUCUGUCAGUGAUCCGAUUGCCUUCAUUGAAUCGCCUUUCAUCGAGGAAUGCCGUAACUCUAAUGGACCUAAUUCGUUGAUGCCUUGCUCUAACAACACUGGGUUUGAACGUUUGGAUGAUGAACAGUUCAGUUCCAUGUUUCCCGAUGACGUCACGGCGAAUCUCCCGUCCACGAGGUCGUCAUCCAAUCCGUCUACUCCAUCAGAUCAAAACAGUGACAAUGACGAGCCUAAGACAACACCGCCACCAGAACACCACCACCACCAGCAGCAGCAGCAGCCGAAGAAUGAACCUGGAGAGGUAGAAGACGGCGGCGGUUGCCAACCUGAGACAGAAUCCGCUAAACCUUGCUUCAAUUUCUCUAGCGAUGGCGGCACAAUUGUUGAUCCAAAGAGAGUGAAAAGGAUUUUAGCAAAUCGCCAAUCUGCUCAGAGAUCGCGAGUGAGGAAGUUGCAAUACAUUUCUGAACUCGAACGCAGUGUUACUACGUUACAGACGGAAGUAUCGGCAUUGUCACCACGAGUGGCGUUUUUGGAUCAUCAACGAUUGGUUCUAAACGUCGAUAAUUGCGCGCUUAAGCAACGGAUAGCGGCAUUAGCUCAAGACAAGAUCUUCAAAGACGCUCACCAAGAAGCAUUGAAGAAGGAGAUAGAGAGGCUAAGGAAAGUGUAUCAGGAACAGAACAUGCAAACGGCGGAGAACGAGGAGAAGGAAUUCGAAAUCGCCACCGGAAACGACGGUGGAUCGGCGGCGGCAAACAGGAGUGUUACGGAGGAGGGAGGCGGCAGAAUCUGCUAAAUUGCGCCCAUGCAUGCACGUGAUGUGUUUCCCCGCUUUUGCUGGUGGUGUGAGUGGUCCCCAUGAUUGGCAUGUGACUUUUUUAAUUUAACAUGGCUUCUACAGUACUUCUUUUCUCCUGUUUUUAUUUAAUUUCUAUUUAUCUUUUAGAUUCUUUGCCCAAAAAUAGGGUGUGGGGUAUUGGAUUUAGGCCACAGGGGCAUUGUUGUAAUUGUGUUAUUUCUUGAUUUUUAUUUUUUUAAAUUAAUUUAUGUUCUUCCUAUUUGGGCCUAAAUGGGCCCAUUAGUGUUUGGGGUAUAAUUGUAUAAGUAUAACUCCUAAAAAGGUUUGAAUUUAAAUACC